GCCGCGACACUAACACCCGACUCAUUGCAGGCUUAGUCGGAUAAUGAACGCGCCAUUUUAUUUAAUUUAAUUUAUUUAACUGUGCUGUGGAUUCAGAUUAAACAUAAUGACGGAGGAGAAAAGCAAACCAUCGUUGUCAGAGAACUUUAACUCGACCGCAAAUUUAACAACAAAUGCAGGUUUCCCAUCGUCUCUGAGCAUAUCUUCCAAAGAUAUUAAAGAUGACAAGCCGUACAAUCCUUUUGAACACCGCGAAGUAGCACAUCCAAAUUCCACUUUUGGGUCUAUUCUACAUCUCCUCAAGGCAUGCCUCGGUACCGGAAUCCUGGCUAUGCCCGCUGCAUUUAAGAACUCUGGUCUAGUCACAGGAUUGAUAGGGACCAUUUUAGCAGGCUUUGUAUGUACACAUACUGUUCAUAUUUUGGUAAGAGCAUCGCAGGAAUUAUGCGUGAUUGCGAAAAAACCAUCGAUGAGUUUUGCUGAGACCUGCGGCGCGGCAUUUACGUACGGACCAAAAUCUAUGCGAUCAUGGGGAGGAGCAAUCAAGUCGUUAAUAGAUUAUUCAUUGUUUUUAACCUACUUCAGUGUGCUCUGCGUUUAUGUCGUCUUUAUUGGAUCGUCGUUUAAGGAGGUUUUGGACGUGUACUAUCCCAGCUUGCAACUGUCCAUACAGACGUACUGCGCCCUGACGUUAGUACCACUGGUACUGAUCUGUCAGAUCAGGAACUUGAAGUACUUAGUGCCGUUCUCAGCGUUCGCUAAUGUACUCAUUGUGAUCGUGUUCAUUAUCACCCUGUACUACGUGUUCGUGGACUUGCCACCGAUUACUGACCGAGAAAUGGUCGCAAAUGUAUCUCAGUGGCCUUUGUUUUUGAGUACCGUUAUAUUCGCUAUGGAAGGUAUAGGCGUUGUGAUGCCUGUAGAGAACGAAAUGGCUAAGCCUCAAAAGUUCCUUGGAUGCCCCGGCGUGUGGAAUACAGCUAUGAUAAUUGUCAUCACUUUGUACGGAUUUGUUGGCUUCUUUGGCUAUGUGCAGUACGGUGAUGACGUCAAAGGUAGCGUCACACUCAAUCUACCUCAGGAUGAAAUAGUGGCGCAAAGUGCAAAGUUGAUAAUGGCUAUUGUUAUAUACUUUUCUUACGCCUUACAAUUUUACGUGCCAAUGGAGAUGGUAAACAGAAUGUUGCAAAACAGGAGUUCAAAUAAAUUCGAAAACGUCAUUCAAAUUAGUAUCCGAACAAUCAUUGUGACAGUUAGCGUUGCAAUCGCUGCCGCCUUCCCGAAUCUAGAGUUGGUCAUCAGUUUCGCCGGGGCUAUCUUCUUCUCCACCCUCGGUUUGCUCGUCCCCGCGGUCGUGGACACCGUGUUCCUCUGGGAUAGAGACCUCGGGAAGUUCAACUACGUCGUUAUCAAGAACACCAUAAUCUCUAUUAUUUCGAUCAUAGCUUUAGUAUCUGGCUCCUACGUGUCUAUUAUUGGAAUGAUAGAAGAUUUAUCGGGAAAUCACGAAGUUCAUUAUAAUGUUACUGGAUAAAUUAAAAUUUAUCGCUCUCAGAGUCCUUUAGUGAUGACAAAAAUUAAGUUACAGAUUCAGGAAACCAAGGGAAAACGUCCUAUUUCUGUGCAUUCCCUCUGUCAAUUAUAGAUAGACAACGCUUCUACAAAUGCAACAUAGUCGAUUUAAGAUGCCCACUCGCUCUUUUGUCAUCUUGUACUAUAAACAAUAUUCUUUUUAAUAGAGAAGAGGGCUCAGAGCUUCAACAACAUGGUCAUGGUAAUCAUCAGGCAGACGCGUUGCCGUCUAUAGUUUUUUUUUAUUUAAACAUUGAAGGAAUUAAUGAUGAAACAAAAUGAUUGUGAUUAAAGUACAGGUUCUGUCCGGUUGUUAAAAUGUAUUAGUAUAGACUGAUAACAGAAUUUAAAUUCGAUUGUACAGUACAACCCAACGCUAGUAGUAAGCUUUAAUUAAGGUAGCUAAAUUAUUAAUAACACUUUUUAUAUUAAAUAAAAAGAAAUGUUGAAUACAAAUGUAAA